AAAUUUUUUAUGAUAACAUAGAAUAAUAAUAAUAAUAAUAAUAAGACAUGGAAAAGAAACCACAUUUAAAGAUUGGGCAUUAUGUUCUUGGGGAAAAUUUGGGAGCCGGAACCUUUGGAAAAGUGAAAGUUGGAAGACAUCACAUCACUGGACACAAGGUAGCAAUCAAAAUAUUAAAUCGUCAAAAAAUCAAAACAUUGGAAGUUGUAGGUAAAAUCAGACGGGAGAUACAAUACCUGAAGCUUUUUCGACAUCCUCACAUCAUUAAAUUGUAUCAAGUGAUUAGUACUCCGUCAGAUAUUUUCAUGGUUAUGGAGUUUGUAAGUGGUGGAGAACUCUUUGAUUAUAUCUUAAAACAUGGAAAGCUAUCAGAAAAAGAUGCCCGUAGGUUCUUUCAACAAAUUAUAUCAGGUGUGGAUUAUUGUCAUCGACAUAUGAUUGUUCACAGAGAUUUGAAGCCAGAAAAUUUGCUGCUGGAUUCACACAACAAUGUAAAGAUAGCUGAUUUUGGACUGUCAAACAUGAUGCAUGAUGGUGAGUUUCUCAAAACGUCAUGUGGAUCACCAAAUUAUGCUGCACCUGAAGUUAUAAAAGGAAGUUUAUACGCUGGUCCAGAGGUUGAUAUUUGGAGUAGUGGUGUGAUUUUAUAUGCAUUGCUUUGUGGGACUCUUCCUUUUGAUGAUGAUCACAUCCCAACUUUGUUUAAAAAAAUUAGAUCUGGAAUAUUUGCUAUCCCUGGUCAUUUAUCAAGCCUGAUAGCUGGUUUGUUAACAGCCAUGUUACAAGUUGAUCCUAUUAAAAGAAUAACUAUUGAACAGAUAAAAGAACAUGAUUGGUUUAAAAUUGACCUUCCAUCUUACUUGUUUCCAUCAACAGACAAUGAAGGAAAACAUUUAGAUGAUGAAGUUAUUAAUGAAAUAUGCGAGAAAUUUGGAGUGGAAGAAAGUGAUGUUCGUUUGGAGUUACUUACUGGUGAUCCUCACAACCAGCUAGUUGUAGCAUAUGAUUUGAUUUUGGAUAACAGAAGAAUAAACGCAGAAGCUCGGAUUGUUCAUGGCUUUGUGAAUCCGCCCCCUGUUUCACCUAGAGAAAAUGUUUCGUUUGGCAAGCCAGGUGCUGUAGGGAAGAAAAGAUCUGGAACAAUUCGUCAUGGAAAGAAACCAAGAUGGCAUCUAGGCAUCAGAUCUCAGAGUCGUCCACAAGACAUCAUGCAUGAACUCUACCGUGCUAUGAGCAAGUUGGGAUUUGAGUGGAAGUGUGUUAACCAGUAUUACGUGAGAGCACGAACUCUGAGUAAGAACAAGAAAGAAUAUCUUAAAGUUGGUCUUCAGUUAUACCAAGUUGACCAGAAAAGUUAUUUGUUGGAUUUUAAGAGUUUAUCACCUGACAUGGAGGAGAAGUAUCACUCUUCUUCGGAGAGCUUAUCAUUAAAUCGUCCGGAUCCUUCUACAUCUCAGGGUGUGAACGGGAGCGAAAGUCACCAUGUGAUGGAGUUUUUUGAAAUUUGCUCAGAACUGAUCGUGGCAUUAGCCUGCUGAAAAAAAAUUUAUAAUUUUUAAUUUUACAUCGAGAAUUAUCAAGUUGUUAAAUAGUUGUGGUGAUAUGAAAACAUCUUGUACUACCAGGAGCUGCUUGAAUAUGUAUUAUAUGGAUAUAUUAAAUUUUUAAUUUGUUUGUUCGUUUGUUUGUUUGUUUUAUUAUAAUCCUUUUAAAUUUGUUUUUUAAAAAAUGAAAAUUUAUAAAAAAAAAUGACAGUAUGAUAUAUUACCAUGGUAACUUGUCGUAUUUUAGGAAGUCUAAUCUGAUUGGCUAUUUAGUUGUCAAAUUCCGAUAGUAAAUUUCGUUAUCUUUAUUUACAGCGCCAUGAUAAUAGCAGGAGAAUAUUUUCUAGUUUUGUGUGCCACUUGGUGUAAAUUUUUCGCAGCAACGAGAGAUUAAGAAACAAGAGGUGUAUCCCAUUUGUUUACAUUCUGUCAAAAUGCUGUUCAUUUUAUCCGCUUUUAUUUUUUAGAAUUAAAGUACGACCAAGUGCUGUUUUAUGUUGUAUUUGUUAAACUCUCUGUAUAUUGUGUAUUGAAAAAUAAAAACUAACAUUUUUACAA